UUCGUCCCUAGCCACGCGUUUGGAUCAGCCCCAGAAAUUCUAAAUACCCGUGCAAGUUUCACGUGAGCUCUGCGACUCGAACUCACAGCUGCCCUCGGCUGACACUGAAUCUGGCGCGUGGUCCUGGUGCCGUGGCGAAUCAGUGGCGCGCAAGAGGGAGCAUGUGGCCUCGGCUCUGAAGCAUGCUGGCCGGAGGGACCCUGUAGGAGUGGUUGGUCCAGUCGGGGCUGCAGUGGCCUGCCUUGCAGGAUGGCCAGUUUCCGUACGAGCCGAGAGCCUCGUGUUUAGAGGGCUGGGUGCUAACCUGGAACUGCAGACGCAGGAGUGUUAGUUACUGCACCCUGGCAAGCCACUCACUCAUCCAAGUUAUCAGCGGGUUUGACCGGGGAGUCAGCCACAGUGCACCGGCGCAGUCCGGGACUGAAGCUCUGUCACAUCAUCGGGCGGGCGAGAAACUCGGAGAAGGACGGGAUAGCGUGAGUGAGAUUCCCUGUUCUGCAGGAUGGACCCAGCCCCGUCUGUUGUCCGGCUCACCGUCCAGGAAGCCAUUCACACCCUUUCAUCCUCAGAGGAUGCUGGCCAUAUCCUUUCUUCCCUGGGGACUCUGAAGCGAUACCUCGGUGGAACCGAGGAUCCAGUUCUUCCUGAGGAGAAGGAGGAGUUUGCCACUGUCCAUUUCUCAGCCGUCCUUAGAUGUCUGGUCAGCAAGCUGAGCCCAGGUUGGCUGGAGCUAUCCCCCGGUGGCCAGCUGGAGCAGCUUUGGGAGAGCUUCUUCCUGGACGGCCCUCCAGACCAAGCCUUCCUGGUGCUGAUGGAAGCCAUUGAGAGCACUGCUGGCCCUAGCUUCCGUCUGAUGAAGAUGGCUCAACUGCUGGACACAUUUCUGAGCACGGGCAGAGUGGCUGCUCUAAUGGAGGAGCAGUGUCGGCCGCAGACAAAGCCCAGCUUUCCCCUGUUCCAGGAGACGCUACUCAGCAAGGUCGUGGGCUUACCUGAUCUCCUGGGCAACUGUCUCCAGCGGGACAACCUGACCCAGUUCUUCCCCCAGAACUACUUCCCUCUGCUUGGCCAGGAGGUUGUGCAGGCACUAAAGGCAGUUGUGAACUUUCUCCAAGGUGGUCUAGACUGCUCCGUCUCCUUCGUAUCUCGAGUUCUUGGGAAGGUCUGCAUCCAGGGCCGAAAGAGAGAGAUCCUGGGUGUGCUGGUGCCCCAGCUGACGGUGCUCACCCGGGACAGCUGUCUGUGGCAGCGGGUGUGCUGGCGCCUGCUGGAGCAGGUGCCUGACCGGGCAGUGGAGGCUGUGCUGACGGGACUUGUAGAGGCUGCUCCCAGGCCUGAAGUCCUGUCACGACUACUAGGGAACCUGGUGGUGAAGAAUAAGAAAGCGCGGUUUGUGGUGAGCCGCAAGCUUCUGCUCCUGCAGUACCAGCACACGACACCCAUGGUGCAGAGCCUGUUGGGGUACUUGGCUCUAGACAGUCAGCGGCGGCCACUCCUCACACAGGUGCUUAAGGAGCUGCUGGAGACCUGGGGUUGCAGCAGUGCUGUCCGACACACACCCUUGGAGCAGCAGUGUUACAUCAGCAAGGCCAUCCUUGUCUGCCUGGCACACCUCAGGGAGCCGGAGCUGCAGGACAUCCGGGAUGAAUUGCUGGCCAGCAUGAUGGCUGGCGUCAAGUGCCGCCUGGACAGCAGCCUGCCCCCUGUGCGUCGCUUGGGCAUGAUUGUGGCCGAGGUCAUCAGCUCCAGGAUCCACCCUGAGGGGCCUCCCCUGAAAUUCCAAUACGAAGAUGACGAGAUGAGCCGUGAGUUGCUGGCCUUGGCUGCCCCGGGGCCUGUGGGUGACUGCUCCUCGGUGUCACGAGGCCCAUCCCCAGCUCCUGUUGACACAGAGCCUCCUGUAGUGAUACCAGGAAAGGCCAUGGAGAGUGACGUCCCCACAACUCAGCCGCAGGGCUCUGACUCGGAGCUGGACAGUGACGAUGAGUUCAUCCCCUAUGACAUGUCAGGGGACAAAGAGCUGAAGAGCAGCAAGGAGCCCCUGUAUAUCCGAGACUGCGUGGAAGCCUUGACUGCAUCUGAGGACGUGGAACGCUGGGAGGCGUCCCUAAAGGGGCUCGAGGGCCUGGUAUAUAGGAGCCCCGCGGCCACUCGGGAGGUGAGUGUGGAGCUGGCCAAGGUGCUACUGCACCUGGAAGAGAAGACCUGUGUAGCAGAGUUUGAGCAGCUGCGCCAGAGCGCUCUGGUGGCUGUUACAGUCACAGACCCGGAGAAGGUAGCCAAGUAUCUGACCUCACAGUUCUAUGGCCUGAACUAUAGCCUCCGGCAGCGCAUGGACAUCCUGGAUAUUCUUGUUCUGGCUGCCCAGGCACUGUCUCGGCCAAGGGGCCUGCAGAGACAUUCCCAGCAUGGUUCCCCCGUUCCUGGCACCAUGUGUUCACCAGCACUAGCUGUUUCUCAGACUGGCAAUGCCGCUGCUCCUGACUGGCAGGUGGUUGUGGAGGAGCGGAUCAGAAGCAAGACCCGGAGGUUCUCCAAGGGCUGUCCUCGGCAGGAGCUGUCAGGCGUCCCCAAUGAGUUCAGCUCUGUGGCUGGCUACUUCUUCUUCCCCCUCCUUCAGCACUUUGACAGGCCUCUGGUGACCUUCGACCUUUUAGGAGAUGAUCAGUUGGUACUUGGAAGACUGACCCACACCUUAGCGUCCCUGAUGUACCUGGCUGUUAACACCGCAGUGGCCGUGCCUAUGGGUAAGGCCCUGCUGGAGUUUGUGUGGGCCCUUCGCUUCCACGUUGACAUUUAUGUGCGCCAGGGCUUGCUGUCUGCUGUGUCCUCUGUCCUCCUCAGUGUACCCACAGAGCGGCUGCUGGGGGACCUGCUGGAUGAGCUACUGGAAGCCAGAUCCUGGUUGGCAGACGUGGCCGAGAAGGAUAUGGAUGAGGACUGUAGGGAGCUGGCAGUAAGGGCUCUGUUGCUUCUGGAGAGACUCAAAGACAAGCUCCUAUCCAGUUCCCCUCCACAGCCCUGAGGAGUCUCCACAGGGGCCCGGAUGGAGCCUGGGCCAUCAGCACUGGAACAAGGGAAGGCCCCUGAGAAGCAGUCCACACGCCUGGGCUCUGUGUGGGAGCCAGGGCUGGAGAGGCUGCUGGUCCCUGUGUGCACAAAGUAGGCUCCUAUCAAUCUGUCCCCUGCUGUUAUUCCUUGGCCAGGCUAAGCGGUCAGCUAAAAAUACUGGGGGGGUCUGUGCCAAAGGAUGUAGGAGGCUGCAGCCUCUCCCCUGGGCUAUCCUAAGCCACACCUUAAAGAUGACGCCUGUUGGCUAUGGAGCUUGUGGGAAACAGGCCCAUAUUUG